GGAAGGAAUGUCUAAAGCCGUGGAUCACUUUCUCGACCUCCUUCGAAGCCCGGUGUCGAAAAUCCGUGGACGGAGAAGCCAAUGUGUACCCGCUGCUAGGCACGCUGUCUUUCGAAAUGGUAGCCGAGACCGCCUGCGGCCUUCACCUAAACGUGCAGGACAAGCCCGACGACCAAUACUUUGAUUCGGCCAACUCCUACCUGCUCAACGUCAUCGAGAGCGUGUUCCAGAGAACUGGCCAAUUCUUUUCCGGUGCAAAGAUCCUCAUGUGGCUAACGUGCCAACUGGAGCAGCACUUCGGUCGAGAACCCCACAUGAGCCUGACGAGGAAAGCAGAGCCUAUCGUGACGCUCAGACAAAAAGAGCCCCACCUUGCUCGUCCAGACGUCCUCCAGAGUCUCCUAGAUGCGAAGAUUCCGAAAGAAUUUCUCAGCAGGCCUGAAUUUAGAGUUCGUGCCAACAGUGAAGGAGAUUUCUUGAUGCCACUCAAAGAUGUCGCUUCCAACGCCGCCGCCGUCCUUACCGCUGGGUUGGAGACUGUAGCGGCUCUCUGCGCCAACUGCGUCUUCUGCCUGGCCAAGUAUCCCGAGAUACAGGACAAAGUCAGGCAGGAAGUUAAUGCUGCCCACGAUAAACACGGUGGCUUCAACUACGACGCCAUGAAGGACAUGCAAUACACAAGGCAGGUCAUAAACGAGGCACUGCGCCUAUACUCACCAGUCGUCGCGUUCGCAACGAGGAAAGCAUCCUGCGACUUUCGCUACAAGGACAUACCCCUUCCCAAGGGUAUCAACAUCAUGGCUUGCACGCAGCAGAUACACAGGGAUCCGCGAUACUGGGACAAGCCCGACGAGUUUAACCCUGACAGGUUCUCUCCACAGGAGAAGGCCAACCGCCACCCUCUCGCCUUUCAGCCAUUCGGAAUGGGUGCUCGCAACUGCGUUGGGUCGAGACUCGCCCUGCUCGAGGUUACUCUCAUCGUUGCCAGACUACUGCAUCGUUACCGGCUGCAUUUAGGAUCCAGGCAUGCAAACGGCGAACUGGAACGCAAGACGCAAUCCAUCGUAGCUUCGCCAACGGAAGGUGUCUGGAUUCGCAUUGAGAAGAUACUCUAGUGUAGCUCGUAGUCAACCCCGAUGAUUAAGCAGCAAUGAUAAGCAAAAAAAAAAGCUGGCCUGCAGUGACUCGAAGUUGUCAUUAGCAAGCACCAUACCACGGUAUCUAAGGUACCUACAUCGUCAAUGUGAUCACUUCGAUAUGUUUUUUUUUUUUAGUUUCAGAGGAUAGCUUUCAAAAGAUGUAGUCAGGAGCACUCAUUGAGUUUGUACACUUAUAAAAGUAGACGCCAACCUUCUAAAAUUGGCACAACGCAUUACUUGUCAAGUGAACACUUUCCAAUGUACAAUGUUAUGUUUGUUCGUGUUCUUGUUCAAUUUUCUAACUAAUGAUCUCCUUUGUGUUCUGUACACACAUCUGGGUCUGCGUACAUGUUUAUUUAAUGUCUCUGUGUGCUCACAUUUCUGUUCACGCACCUAUUGCAUGCAU